CGUUCAGAGGAGGGCGAGAGGCAGCGGAACAGGCACCAUCUGCAGUGUCAAUGCGGCGCUCCCGCUAAAGGAGGGAAACGCGGCGCUUCCAGGGGAGACUUCUCUGUUGGGUCCUGGACCUCCAAAGGGACGGUUGUGCCUGAGUGCUGCUGAGCCACGAGGAUCUAUUGCCGAGAUGAAAGCCAUGCCUUGGAACUGGACUUGUCUUCUUUCCCACCUGCUGGUGGUAGGGAUGGGCUCCUCCACUCUGCUCUCCCGGCAGCCACCUCCAUUGUCUCAGAAGAGAUCUUUUGUCACAUUCCGAGGGGAACCUACUGAGGGCUUCAACCACCUGGUGGUGGAUGAGAGGACAGGGCACAUUUACUUGGGGGCUGUGAACAGGAUCUAUAAACUCUCCAGUGACCUGAAGGUCUUGGUGACACACCAGACAGGGCCAGAUGAGGACAACCCCAAGUGUUACCCACCUCGCAUCGUCCAGACCUGCAACGAACCCCUGACUACCACCAACAAUGUCAACAAGAUGCUCCUCAUAGACUACAAGGAGAACAGGCUGAUCGCAUGCGGGAGCCUGUACCAGGGCAUCUGCAAACUCCUGAGGCUGGAGGACCUCUUCAAGUUGGGGGAGCCCUUUCACAAGAAGGAACACUACCUGUCAGGAGUCAACGAGAGUGGCUCAGUCUUUGGGGUGAUUGUCUCCUACAGCAACCUGGAUGACAAGCUUUUCAUUGCCACGGCAGUGGAUGGGAAGCCUGAAUAUUUUCCUACCAUCUCCAGCAGGAAACUGACAAAGAACUCUGAGGCAGACGGCAUGUUUGCUUACGUCUUCCAUGAUGAGUUUGUAGCCUCGAUGAUUAAGAUCCCUUCGGAUACCUUCACUGUCAUCCCUGACUUUGAUAUUUAUUAUGUCUAUGGUUUCAGCAGUGGCAACUUUGUCUACUUUUUGACGCUUCAGCCUGAGAUGGUGUCUCCCCCAGGCUCUACCACAAAGGAACAAGUGUACACAUCCAAGCUUGUGAGGCUUUGCAAGGAGGAUACAGCCUUCAACUCCUAUGUGGAGGUGCCCAUUGGCUGUGAGCGCAGUGGGGUGGAAUACCGCUUGCUGCAGGCUGCGUAUCUGUCCAAAGCUGGGACUGUGCUUGGCCGGACCCUGGGAGUUCGUCCAGAUGAUGACCUCCUCUUCACUGUCUUCUCUAAGGGCCAGAAGCGGAAAAUGAAAUCUCUGGAUGAGUCGGCCCUAUGCAUCUUUAUCUUGAAGCAGAUCAAUGACCGCAUUAAGGAGCGGCUGCAGUCCUGCUAUCGGGGUGAGGGCACACUGGACCUGGCCUGGCUCAAGGUGAAAGACAUCCCCUGCAGCAGUGCGCUCUUAACCAUUGAUGAUAACUUCUGUGGCCUGGAUAUGAAUGCCCCCCUCGGAGUGUCCGAAAUGGUGCGUGGCAUUCCCGUCUUCACAGAGGACAGGGACCGUAUGACUUCUGUGAUCGCGUAUGUCUACAAGAAUCACUCUCUGGCCUUUGUGGGCACCAAAAGUGGCAAGCUGAAGAAGGUAGGGAUGAGAUGCACUUGUUCUGAUUAUUGUGAAGACAGUCUGUCCCUAUGGGGAUGGAGUCUGUCCCACAGUUUCUUACCAUCAUCUUCCUGGUGAGCCAAUAAGACAGGUUUGGACUGAGGAGAUGCACGGCUGUUGAGGUCAUGAUGAUCGGUGUUUUUUCCUCUGCCUCCUUCCUGAGGUGGCUGUGGGAACCAGGGCUGCAUGAGUGGUAGAUUCACUCUUCCCUGGGCCUGCUGAGCACAUGGGAGGUGUUAGCUCAGCCUUGCUAGGUAGAUCAGAAUGAUGUGCUCUAUUCAACUUGGGUUUAUACCCUAAGGCAAAGGUUUUGUUAAGUCUAGGUGGCUGGAGAAGCUGUGUGUUUUGGGGGGAGGGAUGUGCCAGUUCUUUCUCUAGUCCUGGCUGAUGCAUCCAUCUAGAAUCCGUUCAGGGUACAGAUGGAGGAGCAUGCAGACCUUAGAGUUGCUAAUGGAACCAAGAGCUAGCUGUGGGAUGAGGACACAUGAAUGCUAUGGGAAGAGCAUGGUUUGAGGACCUGGCCUGUCCUCUUUGUUCCCAGAAGCUGGAUUGUUACUGGAGCACUGAGUGAUUUGGCCUACUGGCAGUGUUGGGAUCACCUGUCCAUCCAGGAAUGGUCUGUGCUUCUCUCAGUGAGUCAAAGCUCCCAUAGCAUGCCCUCCUUGAUGGGGUUAAAAUUCUUCCUUGGACUAUAGCCAUAGGUCUGUUUUCUGUUGACUGAUAGUUGAUCUUUAGUCAUUUUCUAGGAAAUCUUGGUGACUCCACAUGGUGCUCCUGCUUUAGGAUUUCUCAAGACAUUGUGCAAUUUAGAUUAUGUAAAGUUACUACCUGGUGAUGAGUAAUCCUUGAUCCCUA